AUGAUGUUCCAAACUAGACUAUCCACACUGCACUUGGUCCUGGGGUUGAUGCUUUGCCCGCUGGAAAGAUAUCCGUUGACCGUGAGGGCCGACAUCCAGAUCAACUAUCGGGGGCGUGUGCGAGGUGAAACCAAUGAUCUGGACGACAACAAUGGCCUCAGCAAACGGCGAAUUCUGUUUGCAGACAUGUGGUCCGAUCCAAGCAAUCCCAGUCGAGGAGGCGCUGGAGCAGCUGCCAAGGGCCUCAACGAAUAUGUUAUCAUGCGAACCCAGGUCACUCCUGCUCCAGCUCCAACCAUGGCACAGCCCAACCCCACACCUGCACCUCCUACCAAUCCACCCCCGACGGCUCCUGCACCUACAAUGAACCAGGCCAAUCGCAAUGAUCAAUGUUCGAGAGCGACGGGACCUAUCCAAGUCACGGCUCAGGGAUUGGGUAACAGCCGUGCCAUUAUCUAUGAGGAUACUACGGUUGGAGCGCGUGUUCCAUCGGUCUUGCCAGAUAGAUGCAAUCGAAUCACCAACUCGGCGCCUGGAGUUUGGUAUAAAGUGGUUGGAACGGGAGAUCUCAUGACGGCCAGUCUUUGUUGGUCAGGCACAACCUUUGAUUCCAAGAUUACCGUUUACGAGGGAACCUGUGAUGCCGUCAUGACGUGUGUCAAUGCCAACGAUGAUGCCAGUGGAAACUUUGGUGCCUGCGCCGUCAAUCGACAAGCGAGUCGCGUGCAGUGGCCGUCCAACGACGGUACCAUGUAUUACCUGCUGAUUCACGGAUUUGGAGCGCGAGAGGGUGAUUUCCAGCUCAAUGUUAUCAACUACAAUCCCAUUAAUCAAGACCCUGAAAAGGCGUACGACAUUAGUCCAGGAGAUAUGGUUGUUGGAACAACCUUCCAGGCAAUACACCCCUGGGAUGGUGAUUCCACCAAUUGUGGAGGUCGACAUGGCUUGAUUGGUGAAUCUCCCUCAGUAUGGUACAGAGUGCAAGGUACCGGAGGCACGUUGCGUGCGUCGACGUGCAAUCCUCAAACAGAAGACGACUUCAAUUCAGUCCUACACAUCUUUGAAGGUUCGACGGAUAUUAAUAGGUGCUUUGCCGGGAACGAUGACCUUGCGUCUCCCGAUAGAUGCGCUCAGAUUGACUGGCCAUCCUCAGCGGGCCAAACCUAUUACAUCCUGGUGCAUGGGCGUCUGGGUGAUCAGGGUCUCUUUGAAUUGUCCGUGGAUUCAGUGUAG